AUGGACCUUUUGUUCCUUGGAUCAAAUGAUCAGAAAGAUCAGAAAGCAGUGGAUCACAUCGAAGACUUACUUCGACAAUCCAAUGCCGAACAGGCGAAGGAUCUCGUCGGUGGCGAUUGGCUCACAAAGAAAAGGGAUUCCUUAAUGAUCGUGGCAUCACUUAUUGCAACAAUGGCAUUCGAAGCUGGGGUGAACCUUCUUGGUGGUGUCUGGCAAGACGAUGAUGGGCACGUAGCCGGGGAAUCCGUAAUGGCUUAUCAUCAUAAAAGUUCCUAUCCGUACUUCCUCUGGUUUAACACGAUCAGAUUCGUCGCAUCCUUGAGCACGAUUUUGUUGCUCAUCAGUGGAUUAGGUUUCAAGAACAAGGCUGCAAUGUGGUUCCUUAUGGUGACCAUGUGGUUGGCAAUUACAGCAAUUGCAACCACAUAUGCGUUUGCAACCUUUGUGGUUACUCCUAAAACGGACCAGCGAUCACUCGGUUAUACCAUUAAAAUUGGAGUUAUAGUGUGGUCGGGGUUGAUGUCACUUCUCCUACUGAUCCACACAGUUAACUUGGUGAGAAUUUUUGUGAAAGAGAAAAGGAGUAAAAUGAAGGCCAUCGAAAGGAUUACGCGAUCUCCUACGUGCGAGAGAUGGAAGAGCGACUCCUCCCCUUUCCGUCACUGA